AUGGCAGGCCUCCUGAGAUCCAUAGCAACCAACUGUACGAGCCCCGUCUUCAGCAAUGUAAUUUCCCUGAAGGUCCAGACUGUGAAGACGCCAUGUCUGCGCAUGUUCCGUACACACAAAGUCCUCUGGUGCCAGAAGCCUGAGAAUCCAGGAAUCCCAUACAAGCAACUGACAGUUGGUGUCCCAAAGGAGAUCUUUCAGAAUGAGAAAAGAGUGGCGCUGUCUCCUGCUGGUGUCCAGGCUCUGGUUAAGCAAGGCUUCAAUGUUGUGGUCGAAUCUGGAGCUGGCGAGGCCUCAAAAUUCUCAGACGAUCAGUAUAAAGAGGUUGGGGCGAAAAUCCAAGGAGCCAAGGAAGUGUUUGCAUCAGACCUCAUUGUUAAAGUUCGGGCACCAAUGCUUAACCAAGCGCUGGGUAUUCAUGAAGUGGACAUGUUCAAACCAUCCUCUACUCUGGUCAGCUUUGUCUACCCUGCACAGAACCCAGAUCUGCUGAACAAAUUGUCAGAGAGGAAAACAACGGUCUUGGCCAUGGACCAGGUGCCACGUGUAACCAUCGCCCAGGGAUACGAUGCUCUGAGCUCCAUGGCAAACAUUGCUGGAUACAAAGCUGUUGUUUUGGCUGCAAACAACUUUGGACGGUUUUUCACUGGACAAAUUACAGCAGCAGGGAAAGUCCCACCAGCCAAGGUCUUAAUCAUUGGAGGUGGUGUUGCUGGUCUGGCUUCUGCAGGAGCUGCUAAAUCAAUGGGGGCCAUCGUCCGAGGAUUUGACACCAGGGCUGCAGCUUUGGAGCAGUUCAAGUCUCUUGGUGCCGAGCCUUUGGAAGUAGACCUGAAGGAGUCUGGAGAGGGACAAGGAGGGUACGCUAAGGAAAUGUCCAAGGAGUUUAUCGAUGCUGAGAUGAAGCUAUUUGCCAAGCAGUGUCAAGAUGUGGACAUCAUCAUUACUACAGCUCUCAUUCCUGGGAAAAGAGCUCCCAUAUUGUUCAAGACAGAUAUGAUUGAAUCCAUGAAGGAAGGUUCAGUUGUGGUGGAUUUGGCAUCAGAGGCCGGUGGUAACAUUGAAACUACCAAACCCGGAGAGCUUUAUGUUCACAAGGGAGUAACACACAUCGGUUAUACCGAUUUUCCCAGCCGAAUGGCCACACAAGCCAGCACACUGUACUCCAACAACAUUACCAAACUGCUGAAAGCCAUCAGUCCUGACAAAGACAACUUCUACUACGCCCUGAAGGAUGAUUUUGACUAUGGAACCAUGGAUCAUGUCAUCAGGGGAACAGUGGUCAUGAAGGAUGGAAAAGUCAUCUUUCCUGCACCACAACCAAAUAAAGUCCCAACCGGAGUCCCUGUGAAACAAAAGUCUGUAGCUGAAUUGGAAGCUGAAAGAGUAGCCGCCAUUUCUCCAUUUAGGAAAACGUUGACCAACGCCACUGCAUACACUGCAGGUCUUGCCUCACUCUUGGGUCUGGGCAUUGCCUCUCCUCACUCAGCCUUCACACAGAUGGUGACGACCUUUGGCCUUGCUGGGAUUGUGGGUUACCACACAGUGUGGGGAGUCACUCCUGCUCUGCAUUCUCCACUUAUGUCUGUGACAAAUGCCAUCUCAGGUCUGACAGCUGUUGGAGGCCUUGCUCUCAUGGGAGGUGGUUAUCUCCCUACCAACACCCCUGAUGUCCUUGCCGUGCUCGCAGCAUUUGUGUCUUCCAUCAACAUUGCAGGUGGUUUCUUGGUGACACAGAGAAUGCUGGACAUGUUCAAACGUCCAACUGAUCCUCCAGAAUACAACUACCUGUACCUGCUCCCUGGAGGAUUGUUUGUGGGGGGAUAUUCCGCUUCCCUUGUCUCUGGAUAUUCUAUUGAACAGAUGAUGUACCUGGGCUCUGGCCUUUGUUGUGUUGGUUCCCUUGCCUGUCUCUCCACUCAAGGCACUGCUCGUCUUGGUAACACUCUGGGCAUGAUCGGAGUUGCUGGUGGCAUUGUAGCUACAUUGGGUGCACUUAAACCAAGCCCUGAAUUAUUCGCACAGAUGUCUGGAGCGAUGGCACUUGGUGGCACCAUUGGUCUCACCAUCGCUAAGCGCAUCCAGAUUUCAGAUCUACCCCAACUGGUAGCUGCUUUCCACAGUCUGGUUGGUCUGGCUGCUGUCCUGACAUGCGUGGCGGAAUACAUGAUCGAAUACCCACACUUUGCCACCGACCCAGCUGCCAAUCUUACUAAGAUCGUGGCUUACCUGGGCACGUACAUUGGUGGUGUCACUUUCAGUGGCUCACUUGUCGCCUAUGGAAAACUGCAAGGUCUCCUGAACUCUGCCCCUCUCCUCCUGCCAGGAAGACAUAUGCUGAAUGCUAGCUUAUUGGCAGCCAGUGGUGGAUGUAUGAUCCCAUAUAUGCUGGACCCAAGCUUUACCACUGGCAUUACAUGUCUGGGCUCUGUGUCCGCUCUGUCCGCUGUUAUGGGUGUCACUCUCACAGCUGCUAUUGGAGGGGCAGAUAUGCCCGUGGUCAUCACCGUGCUGAACAGCUACUCUGGUUGGGCCCUUUGUGCAGAGGGAUUCCUGCUGAACACAACAACUUGCUGACCAUUGUGGGCGCUCUCAUUGGUUCUUCUGGAGCUAUUCUGUCCUACAUCAUGUGUGUGGCUAUGAACCGAUCCCUUGCUAAUGUGAUUCUUGGUGGCUAUGGAACAACGUCCACUGCUGGAGGCAAGCCAAUGGAAAUUACUGGUACUCACACAGAAAUCAAUCUGGAUAGUGCAGUUGAAAUGAUAAAGGAAGCCAAUAACAUCAUCAUUACUCCAGGUUAUGGACUGUGUGCUGCUAAAGCUCAGUACCCCAUUGCUGAUCUAGUGAAACAGCUGAAAGAGCAGGGUAAACAUGUCAGGUGAGUACAGUUCCAGGACUGAGAGGUGUACUUUCUUGGUCUUAUCUCCUUGUAGACUUC